AAGUGCGGGCGGGGGGCGGAAGUGCGGGCAAGUGGGAGAGCGUGGGUUGGAUCCGUGAUCGGGGUCGGGCCGGGGUCGAGCCGAGAUCGGGGUCGAGAUCCAAAUCCGGAUCCGUGCGGCCGCCAUGAAGCGGGAUGUGCGCAUCUUGCUCCUGGGAGAGGCCCAGGUGGGAAAGACGUCGCUGAUCCUGUCUCUCGUGGGCGAAGAGUUCCCCGCGGAGGUCCCUCCGCGAGCAGAAGAGAUCACCAUCCCCGCAGACGUCACCCCGGAGAAGGUGCCCACCCACAUCGUGGAUUACUCAGAAGCCGAGCAGACGGCGGAGGAGCUUCAGGAAGAGAUUGACAAGGCAAACGUGGUGUGUGUGGUGUAUGACGUGUCUGAGGAGGCUACCAUCGAGAAGAUCCGCACCAAAUGGAUCCCACUGGUGAACGGGGGUACCGAGAGGGGCCCCAGAGUCCCCAUCAUCCUGGUGGGCAACAAGUCAGACCUGCGGGCGGGCAGCUCGAUGGAGGCCGUGCUGCCCAUCAUGAGCCAGUUCCCUGAGAUCGAGACCUGCGUGGAGUGCUCUGCCAAGAACCUGAGAAACAUCUCGGAGCUGUUCUACUACGCACAGAAGGCUGUGCUACACCCCACGGCCCCGCUCUACGACCCUGAGGCCAAGCAGCUGAGGCCCGCGUGUGUCCAGGCCCUCACGCGCAUCUUCAGGCUCUCAGACCAGGACCUAGAUCAGGCGCUCAGUGACGAGGAACUCAACGCGUUCCAGAAAUCCUGCUUCGGGCACCCCCUGGCCCCCCAGGCCCUGGAGGACGUGAAGACGGUGGUGUGCAAGAACGUGGCGGGAGGUGUGCGGGAGGACCGGCUGACCCUGGACGGCUUCCUUUUUCUGAACACGCUGUUCAUCCAGCGUGGCCGCCACGAGACCACGUGGACCAUCCUGCGGCGCUUUGGCUACGGCGACACACUAGAGCUGACCCUGGACUACCUUGCUCCGCCGCUCCACGUGCCCCCCGGCUGCAGCACCGAGCUCAACCACUUCGGCUACCAGUUUGUGCAGAGGGUGUUUGAGAAGCACGAUCAGGACCACGACGGCAGCCUCUCGCCUGUGGAGCUGGACAGCUUCUUCAGCGUGUUCCCAGCUGCGCCCUGGGGCUCCCAGCUGCCUCUUGAGGUCCCCACCGAGGCGGGCCGGCUGUCCCUGCACGGGUACCUCUGCCAGUGGACCCUGGUGACCUACUUGGAUGUCCGGCGCUGCCUUGAGCACCUUGGUUACUUGGGUUACCCCACUCUCUGCGAGCGGGACUCCCAGGCCCACGCCAUCACAGUCACGCGUGAGAAGAGGUUGGAUCAGGAGAAGGGGCAGACGCAGAGGAACGUCCUCCUGUGCAAGGUGGUGGGAGCCCGCGGAGUGGGCAAAUCCGCCUUUCUGCAGGCCUUCCUCGGCCGCCGUCUGGGGGAUCGCAGGGAGUUCCCCGAGGAGCCUGCCGUCUACGCCAUCAACACGGUGCAGGUCAACGGGCAGGAGAAGUACCUGAUACUGUGCGAGGUGAGCGCAGACAGCCUGUUGGCCGCCGCACCCGAUGCUGCUUGUGACGUGGCCUGCUUGAUGUUCGAUGGCAGCGACCCCGGGUCCUUUGCGUUCUGUGCCAGCGUCUACAAGCGACACUACAUGGACGGGCAGACCCCCUGCCUCUUCGUCUCUUCCAAGGCUGACCUGCCUGAGGGCAUCUCGCCACCUGGCCUGUCGCCUGCGGAAUUCUGCCGCAGGCACCGGCUGCCCGCCCCUGCUCCGUUCUCCUGCGCCAGCCCGGGCAAGCUCAGCACCGCUGUCUUCACCCGGCUCGCUGCCAUGGCCACUUUCCCGUGGACACCUGGCCCACGGGGAGCUGCACUCUACCUCCUUCUGGCUUCGGGUGACACUGGGGGUCAUCGGGGCUGCUGUCACUGCUGUUCUCAGCUUCUCACUCUACAGGGCCCUGGUGAAGACCCGAUGAGGCCUCAGGGGCCCCCGGGUGUUGGUAUUGGGGCCACGUGCUCGAGGGAACCUAACUUCUGUCUGAACCUGGUUUCUGGGGACACUUUGCCCACUCACCUGCCCGUGCCCAAGACCCGUGGGUGGGUCCCGAGGUUCUGGGGCACUGGGGAUCACAAGCGAGGAAGCGUGUGACCCCAGACUCCUGUAGUUCUCAGGGCUCCACACCUUUCUGGUCCCAGGCAGCCGGUGGGCGUGAAGGGUGUCGGAAAACAGAACUUUGGGCCGGAGGUGGGGGGCAGGAAGUGGUUGAGCACCGUGUGGCCUUCCUCCCUGGUUUGGAGACGGGUCCAGUGCCACACCCCUCUCAGAAGGCAUCAGCUCGGGUGUCCUGAUUAAACUUUGCUGGUGUCUUUUGCAUCUCGAA